ACGUAAGCAAGUUCGUCUCGGGUAAGGCUGCGCCGAGGAGUUUGCUGAAUCGGAGUCGUCGGUGCGUUCCGAUGUGGUGACGGCCGUCCUUCGCCCGCUCCGUGUCGCUACCCGGGCCGCCCGCGGACUGCCGGUCAGCCUGGCGGCCGUUCGUCAGCGGUGCGCAGCCGUUUUGGCCGAAGCAUCUCCCGGGCGAUCUCUUGGAAGCAGAGCCGCAAUGGCCCGCUCCGCGUCCCUGCUGAUCGCCUGCGCUGUCGCCGCCCUCGCCGCUCUGUCGGUGGGCUCCCUCGUGCUGUCCUUCGUCGGCGCCUCGUCCCCGGCCUCAGCGGGCCUCCGGGCGGUGCAGCGCGCGCCCGCCGUGGAGAUGCAUUUUUUCGGCGGCCCGCCGGUGACGACCACGCCCCCGCCGCCCGUGGGCCUGGGGGGCGUGGGCGGGAACAACUACGUGAUCUCGAUCACCAUCCUCUUCUUCGGCUCGGUGCUCGCGAACGCCAACGGCUUCUUCGGACCGUGGUGA